AUGGCCUCCCAACAUGUCGUCGCCUCAACGUAUCGCUCUAUUCUUCGUGAACUGAGAAAAUCAGUCAGCCUGCGCCUUCCAAACGAAACGUCGUCAAUCCCUUGCUCGUCUAGUUUUCGAUCCAUUUUAGAAGGAUACCGGCAAUCUGGGAACGAGCGCGUCUUGGAGGAUGUUCAAAAUGCUGUAGCACUCAUGCAAGCUUCGAGGCAACACAAGUUCCUCUUGGACAGAUACAAUCCCUUGAUAGACCUGACAGCGGAAGAGAGAAUUCAUGCUACCGCUCGGCGAGUUGGCCUCGACAUGCCUCCUACGAUAACCUCUCCAGAUACACUAGCUUCUCUACAAAUCGCCGCCCGUCAUCUCCAUGAUCUUCAGCCAGUCGCAUUCCCUACCGAGACCGUGUAUGGCCUCGGUGCUCUAGCUUUAAAUUCGAUAGCAGCAUCCCGCAUAUUCGCAAUCAAAGGCCGUCCAUCAGAUAACCCUCUUAUCGUGCAUGUAUCAUCGUUCAAGAUGCUCCGUUCAAUCAUACCCUCCGAUUUCACGCUUCCAGCGACAUAUCGAAUUCUUAUGAGACACUUCUGGCCUGGAGCAUUGACCCUUCUUUUUCCCAGUGACCCUAAUGUUGUUCCAUCCAUAAUCACAGCAAAUCAUCCCACAGUUGCCAUCCGAAUGCCUUCACACCCCGUCGCCAGAGCCUUGAUAGCUGUUGCUGAUGCCCCGCUGGCAGCACCCAGUGCAAAUAGUUCAGGGAAGCCCAGUCCAACGCGCGCAGAGCAUGUCUUACGCGAUCACAAUGGCAGACUUAGUAUCAUUUUAGACGGAGGCCCUUGUGAUGUGGGGGUGGAGAGCACAGUUGUCGAUGGUUUACAACCUGAUGGCAAUAUUCGCGUACUCCGACCGGGAGGUGUUACUAUUGAGGAUAUGUCCCGAGUUCUGCAGCAAGAACUGGAUGGCGCGACAUGUAUGCCACAAAUUUUGGUGCAUCGACGCGACUAUGCAGACCAGGAGUUAGAACAAGCACCAACUACGCCGGGUAUGAAAUACAGACACUAUUCCCCAUCGGUACCGGUGACACUACUCUUCACGCGUUCCCCAGUCCCAGCAGGAGAACAAAGCUAUAACGCUUCGGAAUAUCUGGCAGCCCUGUCGCACAAUAGUGAUCGCUCACGCCCCAUCAAGGUCGGACUAUUAACACCGACUGAUUCCGUCCUCGGAACUUUCACGUUACCUAAUGGAAUAGAAUGGCGUCGUUUUUUCCUGGGGCCUCUCAGCAACCCUGCGGUCACCGCCCAAAAGCUGUUCAAUGGUUUGCUCACGUUAGAGGAGGAAGGGGUGGACCUAAUACUCAUCGAGGAAAUAGAGGAGUUCAAGGAGGGCCUUGCUGUGAUGAAUCGCGUCAGGAAAGCCGCUGGCGAACUCAAAUACCUGUCC